AUGGCUCAUCCAGGUGUCCGGAGCCUGCUGGCCAGAUUCGAAAACAACAGCAACAGCAACCAAACCAACGCUUCGUCUCCACCCUCCCGCGGUCGAUCUCCCACUUCCGAGAACUCUGGUUCCGCGAGGCCGCUUUCCAAGGUUCGCGCGAGCUUUGUGGCUGUUGACAAGACUGCUCAGUCGCGGACCUCGAGUGACCUUCCUGCUUCUCCCGCUCGCGUCAGGAGCUUCAAUUCGGAGGAUUUGGAUACCACCGGCAGCCAGAAGAGCGCGGAUUCGACUUCCCCCACGGCAGCCAGUGGUCUAGGUAUCGCCACUCCUGCAGAGUCAGCAGCAUCGAAGCAGGAAUUAGGAACCGCAUCGCCGCAGAAUGCCAGUUCUCCAACAGCCAAGGCUGACAAUGCGCCGGCAUCAGAUGAGAAGCCCGCCCCCGCGAAGCAGGAGGCGCAGCCUGCAUCGAACGGCCCAGCUGCGCCUACUACUGACGAGUCAUCUCGGAAACCAGCCAAGAUUGUCACCAAGCAGCCAUUGAGCUCUCGUCAGUCCACUGCCGCCAGAUCGUCCCCCGCAAGAUCACCCACCAAAGCGCGCACGGUGACCUCGCCGGCCAAACCCGCUACUCGCGCAACUAAGCCCGCUACCUCCAGUGAGCCGACUAAGAGCGUCGCCUCCAAGUCAAGCCGCACACCUCUGAAUACCGCCACCAAGGCACCUUCGCGACCUAAUCGUCCCUCAACAACCCCCGCGCGUGAUGCGACCAAGACAACCACCGCCUCUCGCGUUUCGACCACCACCACUAAGCCUGCGACCAAGUCGCCUACCAGGCCUGCUCGCGUCCCUGCCGCUGCUACUGCGUCAACUCAGGCAGCUAAACCGAAGGGAACAGCAACAUCAACCACUACCUCGACUGCAUCGCGCAAGCCGUCUACCUUGAAGAAUGGAGCUAGCGCGCGUUCCUCCACCCCAACCGCUUCCAGCGUUCGCAAAACACCUCGUGGGUCGCCGCAGAGCCAGUCAUCUAGCGAACGGCCAGGCUCGCGAGCGAGCAGUGCCAGUUCCAAGCCGGUUGACGAAGGGUUCCUGGCUCGCAUGAUGCGCCCAACCGCCAGCUCUGCCAGCAAGACACAAGAAAAGACGGACUUUAAGAGCCCUCCCAAGGCAUCCAAGCCGACCCAAGCCACAAAGAGGGUCGUGCCUAAGACCAAUGUCCACUCGAAGAUCCAGGAAGCCAAGCCCGCAGCUAAAGCGCCGCCCAAGUCUAAGGACGAGAACAGUGAGGCUAUUUCGACAGAGGAGAUUACCAAGAAGCCAGCAGAGUCUAUCCCUGAGGAGCCUGCACAGCCAAUUGAGGAACCUGCCGCUCCCGAGGAGCCUGCUGGGGAGCCCAAGGAGGAGGAGCCCACCACGGAAGUUGCUGAGGCAUCCCCUGUCCAGGAGUCUUCUGCUGAGGAACCUGUGACCGAGUCCAACGAUGCCCCUGCUGAAGCCAAGCCCGAGGAAACUGAACAGCCAGUCGACAUCCCUUCUAUCCCUGAGGAGGUCACUGCUGAGCCAACCGUCCCCGAAGCCGCACCUGAAGCCGCACUUGAAGCCAAGGAGCCUGUCGCUGAGUCUCUUGUUGAGACCCCGGCGGAGAACUCGACUGAGAACACCGAGGUUGCUACCCUGGCAACUGAAGUCGACGUCGAGAACAAAUAA